AUGUCUACAGAGACUCCCAAAAAGCGUAGAGGUAGACCAAGAAAAAAUGACAUAUCAACUUCAGAUAAAGAUAGUGCCAAUAAAUCUGUGAAAAAAGGUAGAGGUAGACCUAAAAAAGUGGCAUCAUCUGAAAAAACUUUUGCUGGAACUACAAUAGAAGCUUUACUUGCUACUGCCUCCAAACGUAGAGAUGGUAGUCAAUCCACAAAUGGUGAGAUCAUUGAAAUUCCUGAUGCUGCUGUGGCAUUGAAAAAUGCUAUAAGUGACUAUAACCCACUUGAAGAGGGGAACUCACAGGAAAUUUUGGAACAAAGGAGCAGAAAUGAGAACGCUGAAGCAGAAGCUUCUAAUGGUACAACUGUUAGAAGGCCCAGAAGAGCCGCCUCCAGAAGCCCUCUUUAUGCGGGAGUACGUAACCUUGCAGGCAUUGUUAGUACAGCUAACGCAGAUGAAGAAUUCGUAUUAUCAGAAGCAGAUGCAGAGGCAGGGGAAGAAAUAGAUGAUUAUAAAGAAACAAGCGAUGCCGAAGUUGACUUCAAUGACGACAUUGACAUUGAGCUGGAAAACGAUGAGGAAGAACCCAAAUAUUUGAAAAAUAAGACAAGGAAAACGAAAAAAGCCAGAGCGAAUGCAAAGAAGGAAUCUACAUCGAAAGGAUCAAGCCCAGGUAUCUCUAAGCUGAGCUCUAAAAAUCGGACUAUUAGAUCAUUAAAGGAUUUAAGCUCAGCAAGAGACAAAAUUGAAAGAAUAUAUGGGCUGAACAGAGAGAAAUUACUUCGCUUGGCAAAAGUAAAAGAGGGCUUUGAAACAUGCCUCUUCAGCUUUCCAAACGAAAAGAUUCAACCUGAUUCAUCCUAUUCUUUGAAUAUUAUUCCUCCAUGUAGGAAAUAUUCAGUUUUUGAAAAAAUACAAAAGAAUCUUCAAAGAAACUUUCAUGAUAUAGAUGAAAAGGAAUUUGACGAACUAUUCAAAUUUAGAGUGUCGCCCCUUGAUAUUGUUGUGGGUGAUACAGAAAUACGUUUGAAAACGCAUGAGAAAUCAGAUUUUCCUGUUUUCGCAAAUUCUACAAGGAAAGGUUUUUUUAUAAAUAGUGGUGGAUUAGUCACUGAUAUGGCUUGGCUAGCACCAAAUGAAGAUGACGACUCUCAAUAUCUGGCUGUUUCAAUUUCCCAAUAUCUGGAUGAUCCGUCCGGAGAACGUUUACAAGGGUUCGAGAAAGAGGAGCAUGUGUCAUGUGUCAUCAUCUAUAAAAUAACUUUUUCGACCUUGCAAAUUUCGAGAGUACAAACAAUCGUUCAUCCAUUUGGUGAAAUAUGGAAUCUAAAAUGGCAUGAAGGUUAUCAUUCAAAAACAGCUCUGGGUCUUCUAGGAUUUGUCUGUCAAAAUGGGGGCGUUAAAUUUAUAGAAAUUUUUGCUUCUGGUAGUGAUGAGAACAAAUUCGUUUACUACGUUGAAUCUGCGCUUACAAUUUCACUGCCAAGUACGCUUAUUACAUGUUUCGAUUUUUUAUCUCCAGAAGUCAUCGUAUGUGGGUUCAAGAAUGGAUUCGUUGCAGAAUUCGAUCUAUCCGACGAGAAAAAUAUCCCAUCAUAUUACCAUAAAGUGCAUGAAUCGUAUAUUAUCUCAAUUUCUGUCGGUUAUUCCGAAUCUGAAAAUCCGGUAGUGGGCACUAUAUCCAUAGAUGGCUAUUUCUGUGUUUUUGAUUCACGAGAUAUAUUUACUACUAAAUGCAAUGUUGGUAGAUUUCGUGGAGGCAAUAUAGUCCCUUUAACAUACUGUGCUCCAUUGGACUCUUUCGUCUUUUCAGACCAAGGAAAUUCGUUAAGAUGUGUCGUACCACGAGCACUAUUUGCUUCACACCAGAUAAAUUCAAGGGAAACCACGGUAACGUCAGCUGGUGCAUCUAGACUGCACCCGUUGAUAUUAUCAAGUGCCUCCGAUGGUACCUUAUACGUGGACAAUAUAGCAAGAAGACUGUUGACAGGUGUCAAAAAUGUUUCCAAUACACAUAAAUCAUUGAAGCUAUGGCGUUGGGAUUAUGACAGAUCUACCGGCAAAUAUAGAUUGGAUCAUAAUUAUGAAGUUUUCAAAUCAACGUCGAAUGAUGUUAGUAAGAUUAAGAUCGACGCCCCCGGGAUAAAUAUAUCUUGUGUCAAAUGGAACGAGUCAUCAAAAGGAGGAAAUUUUUAUGCUUUUGCAAACAAUGCUGGUAUAUUAACCAUUGAGUGCUUGGAGGGGUAG